UGUACAGAUAUACGUUAGUUGCCGGUUUUUUGUAAUCAUAACUGAAUUAAAAAUCUCAAUAAUAUGACCGAGAGAUAUUAUAUGGCAAAAUUUAAUAGUUUUACUUAAAAUAAUUAAUUUUAUUAGACAUCUAGAUAGUUAAUUAUGUAUUAGUUAAAUUAAAGAAGAUUAAUUCAAAUAUUAGAUAAUUAAUAAUGCUAAAUGAUUACUAUUAGUUAAAGAAUGACACUUCAUAAGACGAUGGUUAAUCAGUGGUCAUUAGAAAGUUACUAUGAUGAACAUAACUAUGAUUAUGCAGUCGACUAUUAUUAUCAUGAUAAUGAUGCAAGUAAUAAUUCCGAUGCAUUGCAGUCAUGGGUUCCUCUAGCUGGUAAAGAAUAUGAAAGUAUUUCAAUGUGGGAUGAUUUUUAUCAACUUACCAAUCAUUGUGCUUUUCCUGCUGUAUGGAAGACUUUUAGAUUGAGUGGUCAAAUUGGUGUAACUUUAUUGACUUCAUUAUGUUUCCGUAUCUUUAUACUUAUAUUUUGUAAAUUUAGAUGUUUUCCUAUGUCUAUUAUGCACUUAACUUGUGCCAUUUGUGGGUUGUUACCUGUUCUGAUUUGUGCAUCAUCUCAAGGAGAUAAUAAUGUUGAUUACUGGUGGUUUCCUGCUACAUUAAUAGUUGGAUAUGUGAUUAUUUUAUACAUAAUUUCAUAUUCAGUAAUACUGAUUGGUGGUAAUCAUACUCAACAUAAAAAUUUUACUUCCGCAAUAAUAUUUUUUGCAAUUAUUUUAUUAUUACUCAUAUACCGCGAGUAUGUAUUAGAUAACUCUAGAGCCUGGCAAAGUUCUCGUGGAACCCAUAUGUUAAUGUCUAUGAAAUCUGUGGCCUUAAUAUGGGACUUAAAUUCUGGCCACUUAAAAAAAUGGCCAACUAUAAUUGAAUACAUGGGAUACAUGAUGUGUGCGGGUUGUACACAAUUUGGACCUUAUAUAAGUUACAAACAGUAUUUAAAUGCAUACCGUCCAUUAUCAGCAAUAUACAUUUGGAGCUCGAAAAAAUGGAUUUAUGUGACUAAAGAUGUUGUAUUAUCAGUACUGUGGUUUAUGGGUUCUAUUUGCUACAUUGAUUGGUUACUUGAUACGAGCAAUUAUACAAAUUAUGGAAUUGCUAUUGCUGUUGACACCUAUAGAAGAGCAGCAUCAUAUAGGUGUGGUCAUUAUUUUGUAGGUGCUGUGGGAUCUACAAAUGCUCAUUUGUGUGGUUUUAUCAAUAAUAAUAAUGAAGCAGUAAUUAUAAAUAAACCAAGUGAUGUAGAAUGGCCUAAGAAAAUGUCCUAUGUAGCAUCUUCUUGGGAUAUUCCAACGCAUCAAUGGUUAAAAUUGUAUGUAUUUGAUAAAAUUUAUAAAUUUAGUAAUGCCCCAACUGGAGCUGCAGUAACAUACAUCAUCAGCUGCGCUAUACAUGGUUUUGAAAUACGUGUGUCAGCUGUUCUUGCUAUGAUUGGAGGAUGUUCAUAUGUUGAAUUGUUAAUGCGAAGAAAAUUAUUUAAAAAAUAUCCAACUUUGUUUGUAAAAGACAAUAAAUUAAAAAAAAAUUCAUCCUCUAAAGUCAAGAAAUUUUUUCAAACUAUGGUUAACCUUUCAUUUACAAUAUUGAAUAUCUUUUACCUUGCAUACUUAGGAGCUGUUAUGGAAUCAAGUACUGAUACCUCUGAAUCUCCUUUUUUUGUAUGGCACAGAUGUUUAUAUGCUGGCCAUGUUCUUUUACUUCUUAAUUCUAUCAUUAUACUUCUAUUAUAAACUAAUAUUAAAAUUUAUAAUAACAUUUGAGAAUUUUUUCUAUCUUUCAAUUUAU